CUUUCGCAGAUGGCUGCCAACAAGAAACUUCGCCGUAGGCGCAUACGUAAUGCCGUCCAACCAUGACGAGGAGGCACCGACCUUUUACCUGCUUUUUGCCUGAAGAAGCUAGGUUAGAGUUGUUGUCAAAUGCUUAGGAGAUAUCCAUGUGAUUUUAUUAAUCAAUAUUUUACGAGACGUGAUUACUUAGUGUAAUAGAUCUUCAAAUCAUUCGUGUAAAGAUAUGUGUUGUGGUGGCAUGCAGAGCUUAAGUACUAUUUUGAGUGUACCUUUGUGAAUAUGAGAUCAGGAAUCAAGUUUUUAGUUUAUUUGCUGUCAUGAGAGAAGAGGAUUUUGAAGUUGCUAUUAAGGUUGUUGUUGUGGGCAAUGGAGCUGUUGGAAAGUCCAGCAUGAUACAGCGAUAUUGUAAAGGUAUCUUCACACACUCGUAUAAAAAGACCAUAGGAGUAGACUUUUUAGAACGUCAGAUUGACUAUAAUGGGGAAGAUGUGAGGCUUAUGAUCUGGGAUACAGCAGGACAAGAAGAAUUUGAUGCCAUAACUAAAGCCUAUUAUAGAGGUGCUCAAGCAUGUAUUUUAGUUUUUUCUACUGUAGAUAGAGAUUCUUUCAAAGCUAUUGAAUCCUGGAAGAGAAAGGUUGAAAAUGAAUGUGGAGAAAUCCCAAUGGUUAUAGUUCAAAAUAAAAUUGAUCUGAUUGAUCAAGCAACAGUAACAAAAGACGAAGCAGAACUUUUAGCGAGGAGACUAAAAUUAGACUUUUUCCGGAUAUCUGUAAAAGAGGAUUACAAUGUUUCUGAAGUGUUUCGUCAUUUGGUGAAAAAAUACCUUGAUUUAACAAAUGAACCAAUUGAGGAAAUAACACCCAAUAUACAUUCCCUUGGGAAUUAUGAUUAUGAUGGCUAUCCAUCCCACAAUGUGUAUAUGAGGUCAUCAUUUCCCACUACAACUAAUGGAACUAUAUCUUUACACAAACCAAAAAGAAGCAAAAGCGGAAAAAAACAUUUUUUUCGAAGUUGUCGUUUACUUUAGCUGAGAUGGACGCUGGAUUUGGUUAAUUUAUGUGUAAAUGAAUUUAAUGUUUUAUACACAGAUGUUGGUGUUGUUUUUAAGUGUGUCCGAUUUAUUUAUAAAAAAUUUGUAUUCAUGUGUUAAAAAAAAGUGACUGUUUGCCAAUAUUUGCCAUAUUUUAUGCAUAAUCAUUAUCCCUGGGAAUCUGAGCCUUGAAACAAAUGUAGAGUAUUGUGAAAUAUUACUACUUAAUUUUUCUCUGUUAAUGUUCAUUUUCAUUUAAAAAUACCCUUGAGCCCAAUUUUUAAUAUUUGACGAAAAGAAAUAUUUUACCGCCAUAGAACUGCAUAUGUGCUAUGAUGUUCUACUAAUUCUAUCCGUAUACUUUUUAAUAAUUAUGUAUGUUGUAAAAGAUUUACUGUAGAAAUUAGGUAAGUCACCAUAUCUUAAGAAGUAUAUAUUAAAAGAAGUACAUCAGUAAUUUCAGUCAAGAUAAGUUGAUCUAUUUUUAAGAGUUUGCAUCUUUUAUGUAGAAUGCUGUGAGAAAUAAUUAAACUUAUUUUGGUCAUAAAAACAUUACAUAUAUUACAAGCUUAAAAAGGAGAAGCUAUUUAAUGUGAAUUUUUAAAAAUUCUAGUUAUGCUGUAAUUUUAUUUUAUUAUCUGUUUUAUAGAUACUUAUGUAUAAGACCUCCUCCCAAAGAAUUAUAAUGAAAUUUAAACUUAAGUUUAAUGUGCAUUAAAUUUAUAUUGUGUACUCCCUACAAAAUUUGUUUCAUAAUUUCAACUUUUAUGAAACUCUCAUUUGAAAGUUCAUGAUACAGCAUUUUUGUGAUUGCCCUUAGAAAUCUUUAAGGGAAAUGAAAUUUAUAGUUAUUAAAUUUAGUCACAUUCUGCUAAAAAAUUCACUUAUCAAAUCAUUCACUAAAAAAUCACAUUUAUUAUUAUUGUUGUUGUUUAACCUUUGUACACAGUUUUUAAAACUACAGAAUAUUUUUAACAAAACCUGCUGAGUUUUGUAACAUUUUGAUAUAGUAAUAUCUCUUAUAUUUUUUAUUUUACUGAGAAAUCUCUGUAAAUCAGAAUUGUAUAAAUGUUAUUAAAUUUAUAGUUCAUGGAAAAAAUAUUAGUUUUAGUAAUCAUAUUAACCUAAAUGAGGAAUGUUAUAAAAAACAGAGCUUAAUAGAGUUCAUAAUGAAUAAAGUUGUAAAAGAAUAAUUGCAAAUGCAGAAUGCAAAAAUUUAUUUUCUCAAAUGAAAAUAUCAUUUUGUUAUAUUUUAUUUAAAACAAAUUAAACAUAUCUAUGGGGAAAAUAUGUUUUGCAAAGUAAACUUUGAAAAAGUUAAAAAGAACGUAAAUUUUCAUUUCAUGGAUGCAUGCUAAUUAUUUUUCAAGAGGAUAACAGCUUGGCUUCUAUCAAAAGUAAAUAAAACAUUCAGAUAAUUAUGUUCCUAUUAUGAUUAUAUUUAUUUUGAAGCAUUUCUUGAUUAUUUCUGAGUAAUGCAGAACUUUUUUUUAUUUUUAAACCAAUCUGUUUACUUUCUAUAAUAAAUUUAUUUGCUCUUGUGAAAGCAGCGUUCUAUAUACUUUGGAAGUUUUUCUGAGACUAUUAAAAUGGUAUAUAAAAGGUACUAAAACUAUAUUGGAUUAUUUUGGAUUUGGUAAAAAAAAGCAUUUUCUGUCAUUUAUUCCGAGUAUCAUUUGAAUGUCAGAUAUUUAUAGUAUUUUACCGAGGCUUUACUUUUUAUUUAUUCAAAACUACAAAGUGUAUUUUCCCAAAAAUUUCAUAGUGAUAUUUGAUCUUUUUCUUGUUUGACAAAAAAAAGUUUGGUUUAUAAAACAUUUGCCAUCAGCCACUCAUAAUAUUUUUCAUGAGUUAAUAGUUCAACCUGUUGGUUUUUAUGUUAAGUGUGCAGUAAUUUGUAGACUCUUAAGUGAUCCAGCAUAAGUCUCUUCUUAUUUUAUAACAUUGCUCUAACUCAGAAUAAUUUUGAGGUAUUUUAUAUGUUCUCUUUUUUAUGUACCAUUAAAUUUCUUUUAUUAUCUACUUUACAUACCUACGACAAAGUAUAUGUAUAUAUUUAAAAUAUACUUAUUUGUAUUAUGUAAUUCUGUAUUUUUAAAUGCUGUACGUUUUUAAACAAUAUUAAUGGCUUUUAUGUAAGAUAAACAGGACAUUUUCUGCCAUGCAGAUCCUUUUAAUAUAGAAUCACGGUUAUUAAUCAAUAAUUUAAUUUAUAUUUUGUAGAAAGUAAAAGAUAAUGCAUGAUGAAAUACUUCAUAAAGAUUAUUUUCUAUAGAAAUUGCUUUCUACUUUCUAUAAUUUCAGAUUAUUAUAUAGCUACUUAAUUUAUUUUCAUUAUUUCUCAUGUACAAAUUCAGCUGUCCAAAUGAUAUCAGUUUGUAAUGGAAAUAAUAAUAAUUACUCCAUUUAUUGAAGAAAGAUUGGAAAUCUUUUAUGUAAAACUGCUUUAUAUGUUUUUAAAUACAUUCAGCUAUCUGUAUGGGAGGUCACUUGUGCACAAUUUUAAUAUUCAAUAUAAAAACGUAAAUUAAGUUCAUUUUCUAAUGUAUAACUAACUACAAAGGACCACUUGAAAAGAUGGAAAUUUUUUGCUUGUUGAUGAAAAUAAUAGCUUGUUCAGAACUAGUUAUGCAUUUGUCUUAUUAAUUUAAAUGUCAAGAACUUGGUUAAUCUUAGUUCAAAUGUUGAUCUUAAAAUCCAUACAGAAACAUUAUUAUACAAAGGAGUAUUAAAUAUAUAAAAAUAUCUUUUUUUGUGUACUUAUUUACUUUUUAAUGCAAAAAGAAAUGUAGUGUAAUUUCCUUACAGUUAUGUAUUAAAAAUUGGAAAUUACAUGUGUGUACUACAUCUUUUUUUAAUUUGCUUAUUGCCAAUAACGCGCCUCACUUAUGUAUAUAUGCAAAAACUGGAAUUAUUUAGUAAUUAAGAAAAACUCAUGAAAUGUGUCUUUCAUUUAUAUAUGUACAAGCAAAUAUGCACUUUUAACUAUUUAUUAAAUGUUUGACUUGCACAUUUGUAAGAUUACUAACUAGAAUUGUGAAAAUAACUCCGUCCAUUGUAUUUUUUUACUUGAACUUAUAAGAUUAUUUUGUUUAUAAGGAACUUUCUGGAAGAUAUUUGCCAUAUAACAUUGUAUCACUACUGUAAUAUAUCUACACUGUGUUAUUUGUUUUAAUGCAUUAUAAAAUAAAAUAGUUUAAAAAAA